UGGGAAUCGCAGCAACGGUUCUUAGACAUUAGGUUGCGCGCCAUCGUUCCAGGCGGUCGCACAUUCCACGUGCCAUAGCCGUAACCAAAACCUGCCAGCCGUUCAAAGCCAAACUCAAAAAAAAAAAAUAAAAAACGAACCGAAACUGCCUUCACAAAGUACCUAAAGCCAAUCUAAAUAGCUGCCAAAAGAAACCAAAACCGCCGUUCCCCGGAAAAUAGAUGAUGGGAUCGCCGGGAUCCCAAGCGUCCGCGAUCGCGACCUCGGUCGGAAUCAGAAGCGGGCGGAGAGGUCAAGCGGGGUCGCUGCUCCUACGCCUCCUUGCCGUGACCUUCGUCCUUGCCGCCUGCCACGCCCCGCUGACAAAUGCCAAGCAAAUUGCACAACUUGGCGAUGACCAAGACUUUAUGCUGGCAGAUGAUGUGUCGCUUCAGGGCAUCAACGAUUCCGAGUGGCAGGCCGCGAGUGAUGACAUUGAUGACGAUGACGACGCCUCUCUGGACGACUUUGAUGAGACACUGAAGCCCUUGGAGGACAAGUCCGAGGAGAAGGACUUGCCCACUGGCAACUGGUUCAGCCAGAGUGUCCACCGUGUUCGCCGUUCCAUAAAACGUUUGUUUGGCAACGACGAUAAUGACGAUCAGGAGCGGGAACAACAACGAAAACGUGAGCGGUCGCAAAGGAAUCGCGAGGCGAUUAACCGGCAAAAAGAGUUGCGCCGCAAACAAAAGGAGAAUCAGAACCACAUGAAGCAACAGCGAAUGGAGCGCCAGCUGGAGAAACAGCGCCUGGCCAAACGGGCCAAUCACGUUGUCUUCAACCGCGCCACCGAUCCUCGCAAGCGGGCAUCGGACCUUUACGACGAGAACGAGGCAUCCGGUUAUCGCGGGGAGGAGGAUACCGUUCCCUAUACUACCAACUUCGUCGUUAACGAACCCUAUACCAACGAAUACAGAGAUCGGGAAAGCGAUCAGUUCCAGCAUCUGCAAAAACUUCUGGACGAUGAUUUGCACAGCUUCUUCCAAAGCAACUACGAAGGCAACGAUGACGAGGAGCAGGAAAUUCGCACCACCCUGGAGCGCAUUGAACCCACCAAAGAUAACUUCAAAAUUCGCGUACAACUCAGAGUAGAGCUGCCCAAUUCUAUCACCGACUUCGGAAGCAAGUUGCAGAAGCAACUGAAUGGCUACAAUCGGAUCGAACACUUGAGUGCCGAAACCGGUGGCAUAUUUUCCUUCGCAGAAGCCAGUGAUUUCGAGGAAGUGCCAAUCGAUGGUACAUUUGGCAAGGAUGAAGUUGAGGGCUCUGGUAGCGAUGUCUCCGGCUGUCGCGGAGACUCCACCUUCAAUUGUUACCAAUCCGGAAAGAAAAUUUGCGAUGAAAUGCGAUGCGAUGGUGUGACCCAAUGUCCCCACGGCGAGGACGAAGAGUACUGCAAUGUUUGCACUGAAGAUCAGUUCAAGUGCGACGAUAAGUGUCUGGACCUCCAGAAACGCUGCGAUGGAACUAUCGAUUGUGAGGAUCAGACCGACGAGGCUGGCUGUACUUAUGAACCUAAACCUGAACAAAGACCUGAGCCACAGCCUGAACCACAGCCUGAACCAGAGCCCGAACCAGAGCCUGAACCAGAGCCCGAACCAGAGCCUGAACCAGAGCCUGAACCAGAGCCUGAACCAGAGCCUGAACCAGAACCUGAACCAGAACCUGAACCCCCAGUUCCGGAAACCAAUGAGUGCCAGACCAACGAGUUCAGAUGCAAUAAUGGAGACUGCAUCGAUGCCAGAAAGCGUUGCGACAACGUUUCGGAUUGUAGCGAAGGCGAGGACGAGAACGAGGAGUGCCCCGCCGCCUGCAGCGGAAUGGAGUACCAAUGUCGCGACGGCACACGCUGUAUCAGUGCCAGUCAGCAGUGCGACGGUCACUCCGAUUGCAGCGACGGCGACGACGAGGAGCAUUGCGACGGAAGUGGCUAUGAUAGCGAGGAAUGUCAGUUUGAUGAGUUCCGUUGCGGGACUGGUGAGUGCAUACCAAUGCGUCAGGUGUGCGAUAACAUCUACGAUUGCAACGAUUAUGCCGAUGAGGUUAACUGCGUCGAAGGCGAAGAGCAGGAUAGUGUGGGCAUACCCAUUGGCCACCAACCGCGAAGGCCAACGCACAAUUACGACGACUGGCUGCACGAAAUGGACACCAACGAGUACCACGUGUACCAGCCAAGUAAUGUCUAUGAGAAGGCCAAUUCACUGAAUCCGUGUGCCAGCAACCAGUUCCGCUGCACCACCUCGGAUGUAUGCAUCCCGCUGCAUUUGCGGUGCGAUGGCUUCUAUCACUGCAAUGAUAUGAGCGACGAGAAGUCCUGCGAGCAGUAUCAGCCUCACCCCACCACCCGACGCCCUACGACCUUGCCCGCAACCAGCACCACAUUCACCACCCAGGGCCCAGGUCUUCUGGAGCGUCGCAAUACCACCACCACCACGACCAGCACCACCACCACCACCAGAGCCAGCGAAGCAACGCGAUGGCCAUGGGCAACGAAACCGACAACCACCGCGACCACGACUUCUAACCCAAUAACAACAGUUGGCGUAGCGAAAAACAAUGCCCAGACAUGCCUCGAAAACAUCGAAUUCGCGUGCCACAAUCGCGAUUGCAUUCCGAUUGAGAGCGUCUGCGAUGGCAGCCCCGACUGCGUAGGCAAAGAAGACGAGGACGACGCUCUGUGCAAGUGCAGCGGCGACAAGUACAAAUGCCAGCGCGGCGGAGGCUGCAUUCCCCAAUCCCAGGUGUGCGAUGGCAAACCUCAAUGCCGCGACCGCAGCGAUGAGAGUGCAUGUCACCUCCAUGGAAGAUUAAAUAAGACUCGUUUGGGGGUCCAGUGCCAGGAGAGCCAGUUUCAAUGUGACGAUGGAAGCUGCAUGUCCGGCUACAAGCGCUGCAAUGGCAUCGACGACUGCGCCGAUGCCUCCGACGAAUACAAAUGCGACUACAACUACGAAGAGACCUACGACGAACGGGACAACAAUCCAUUGAAUGAAUGUGAUAUCCUUGAGUUUGAAUGUGACUACAGUCAGUGUUUGCCGCUAGAGAAGAAGUGCGAUGGCUAUGCAGACUGUGAAGACAUGAGCGACGAGCUCGAAUGUCAGUCGUACACAGACCAUUGUCUAGAGUCUGAGUUCGAAUGCGAUAGCUACUGCCUGCCACGCGAUCAGUUGUGCAACGGAAUUCCCAAUUGCCAAGAUGGCAGCGACGAGCGCAACUGCACCUUCUGCCGGGAAGACGCCUACCUUUGCAACACCGGCGAGUGUGUGGCCGAUAAUCAGCGAUGCAACGGCUUCGCCGAUUGCGCCGACGGCAGCGACGAGCGUCACUGCGAGACCAACAACCACUAUCCCACACAAAAUGUGAAUGUUAUUCGACCAAAACUGGGCCCCAAUCCUAUAAUACCAAAAUCCUGCCGCCCCCAUGAAUGGCAGUGUGCGAAUCUCGAGUGCAUCGAUCGCAGUUUGCACUGCAAUGACUAUAAGGAUUGCUCCGAUGGAUCCGAUGAGGACCUCAGCGUUUGCUUUGGCACUGCCACCACCCGACUUAAGCCCAGCGACUGCGGUCCGGAUCAGUUCUACUGCGAUGAGUCGUGCUACAAUCGCUCCGUUCGAUGCAAUGGGCACGUGGAAUGCACUGAUGGCAGUGAUGAGGUGGGCUGCACCAGUAAGUCACUGCCAUGUCCGCAGCACCAGUGUCCCAGUGGCAGGUGUUACUCGGAAAGUGAGCGAUGCGACCGCCACCGACACUGCGAGGACGGCUCCGAUGAGGCCAACUGCUGCUACGCAAAUCAAUUCCGUUGCAACAAUGGUGACUGCGUGUCCGGAUCGGCUCCCUGCAACGGCUACUCCGAGUGCAGUGACCACUCCGAUGAGCUCAACUGUGGCGUAGGCCUGGAGUGUCUGCCCAACCAAUUCCGCUGCAACAGUGGCCAGUGUGUGAGCUUCUCAGUGCGAUGCAACGGACGAACCGAUUGCCAGGAUAGCUCCGAUGAACAGAAUUGCGCCGCCGACAACAGUAACGAUCGCAGAUCGAGCCAACUGAAUCUCAAGACCUAUCCCGACAGCCAGAUCAUCAAGGAGAGUCGCGAGGUCAUCUUCCGUUGCCGCGAUGAAGGACCCGCUCGCGCCAAGGUCAAGUGGUCCCGCCCCGGCGGACGACCUCUGCCACCUGGUUUCACCGAUCGAAACGGCCGCCUGGAGAUUCCCAACAUCAGGGUCGAGGAUGCCGGCACCUAUGUUUGCGAGGCUGUGGGCUACGCCAGCUAUAUUCCCGGCCAGCAGGUCACCGUAAACCUCAACGUCGAGCGCUAUAACGACGUUGCAUCCCGUCCGGAAUCAGCCUGUACGGAAUACCAGGCCACCUGCAUGAACGGCGAAUGCAUUGACAAGUCGGCCAUCUGCGAUGGCAAUCCGGACUGCUCGGACGCCUCCGAUGAGCAAAGCUGCAGCCUGGGCCUCAAGUGCCAGCCCAACCAGUUCAUGUGCUCGAAUUCCAAGUGCGUGGAUCGCACCUGGCGAUGCGAUGGCGAGAACGACUGCGGGGAUAAUUCCGAUGAGACCUCCUGCGAUCCGGAGCCAAGUGGCGCUCCGUGCCGAUACAAUGAGUUCCAGUGCCGCAGUGGUCAUUGUAUACCCAAGAGCUUCCAGUGCGACAAUGUCAAUGAUUGCACAGAUGGUACCGAUGAAGUUGGAUGCAUGGCUCCCUUGCCAAUCCGCCCACCACCGCAAUCGGUUGCUCUGUUGGAGUACGAGGUGCUCGAGCUCACUUGCGUGGCCACCGGAACCCCAACUCCCACAAUCGUGUGGCGUCUGAACUGGGGUCAUGUGCCCGAUAAGUGCGAGUCAAAGAGCUACGGUGGAACCGGAACACUCCGUUGUCCGGACAUGAGGACGCAGGACAGUGGAGCAUACUCGUGCGAAAUUAUUAACACGCGCGGCACGCACUUUGUGAACCCGGACACCAUUGUUACCGUGACCCCCGUGCGUACAGAUGUGUGCGAAGCUGGAUUCUUCAAUAUGUUAGCCCGCAAAGCGGAAGAGUGCGUCAAGUGCUUCUGUUUCGGAGUGGCUAAGGCCUGCGACAGUGCCAACCUAUUUACGUAUGCCAUCCACCCGCCGAUCAUGUCACACCGCGUUGUCAGUGUCGAACUGAGUCCCAUUCGACAGAUUGUGAUCAAUGAGGCAGCCCCAGGUCAGGACCUGCUCACCCUGCUCCAUGGAGUUCAGUUCAGGGCCACCAAUGUUCACUUCAGUGGCCGGGAGACGCCCUAUUUGGCCUUGCCCACGGAGUACAUGGGCAACCAGUUGAAGUCGUAUGGUGGAAAUCUGCGCUACGAGGUUAACUACAGCGGCAGUGGAAGGCCCGUCAAUGGCCCAGAUGUAAUCAUCACUGGCAACCGCUUUACCCUUACCUAUCGCGUUCGCACUCAGCCGGGUCAAAACAACAGGGUUAGCAUUCCAUUUGUGCCAGGAGGCUGGCAAAAGCCCGAUGGUCGCAGGGCGUCGCGUGAGGAGAUCAUGAUGAUUCUGGCCAAUGUGGACAAUAUCCUGAUUCGACUCGGCUACCUGGAUAGCACCGCUCGCGAAGUGGAUCUUAUAAAUAUUGCUUUGGAUUCGGCAGGCACUGCCGAUAAGGGACUGGGUAGUGCCUCGCUCGUGGAGAAGUGCACGUGCCCACCUGGUUAUGUUGGUGAUUCGUGUGAGUCCUGUGCCUCCGGUUAUGUGAGGCAGCCCGGUGGACCUUGGUUGGGUCACUGUGUGCCGUUCAUCCCCGAGCCCUGUCCAUCCGGAACCUAUGGAGAUCCCCGUCGCGGUGUGCCCUGCAAGGAGUGUCCGUGCCCACUAACCGGCAGCAACAACUUCGCCAGCGGCUGUCAACAGAAUCCUGAUGGCGACGUGGUUUGCCGAUGCAAUGAGGGCUACACGGGCAGGCGGUGCGAACAGUGCGCCGCUGGAUACCAGGGCGAUCCUUUGGCUGCGGAAGGAGUUUGCCGCAGGAUUCCUGAUACUUCCUGCAACGCGGAUGGCACCUAUUCCACCUACAGCAAUGGAACCUGCCAGUGCAAGGACAGCGUAAUUGGCGAACAGUGCGACACUUGCAGGCCAAGGAGUUUCCACCUCAAUUCGUUCACCUACACCGGUUGCAUUGAGUGCUUCUGCAGCGGAGUGGGCUCAGACUGCGACAGCAGCACGUGGUAUCGCGAUCAAGUAGCAAGCACCUUUGGACGUUCGCGCGCCGAUCAUGGAUUUGCUUUGAUUACCAACUACAUGCAAACUACGCCAGACACCGUACCUCUCUCCAUGGCCGCUGAGCCCAACGCGUUGAGCUUUAUAGGAUCGGCUGAGCAAGCUGGAAAUACGCUCUACUGGAGUCUCCCAGCCUCGUUUCUGGGUAACAAGCUUUCCUCAUAUGGAGGCAAGCUGACUUACACCCUAAGCUACAGUCCCCUGCCCAACGGAAUCAUGUCGCGGAACAGUGCCCCAGAUGUGGUGAUCAAGAGUGGCGAGGAUCUAAGGCUCAUCCAUUAUAGGAAGACACAGGUUGUCCCCAGUGUGGCCAACACCUAUUCGGUGGAAAUCAAGGAGAGUGCCUGGCAGCGCGGCGACGAAGUCGUGGCCAACCGUGAGCACGUUCUGAUGGCCCUUAGCGAUAUUACGGCCAUCUACAUCAAGGCCACAUAUACCACUAGCACCAAGGAGGCCUCGCUGCGCAAGGUGACUUUGGACGUUGCCACUCCCACGAAUCUUGGCACUCCCCGUGCCGUCGAGGUGGAACAGUGUCGCUGUCCCGAGGGCUACUUGGGUCUCUCUUGUGAGCAGUGCGCUCCUGGCUAUGCCCGCGAUCCGGAGGGUGGCAUUUAUCUGGGACUCUGCCGGCCCUGUGAGUGCAAUGGACAUUCCAAAUAUUGCAACAUCGAUACCGGCGACUGCGAAGAAUGCUCUGACAACACCGAAGGACCAAGCUGUGAGCGAUGCGCUGCUGGAUAUGUGGGUGAUGCCACCCGUGGAACCAGCUACGACUGCCAACCCGAUGAGGGCUACCCGCCCCCGCGUCCUCCGGCACCCGGCAACCAAACGUUGGAAUGCACGGCCUACUGCCAGAUAGAGGGCAUCUACAAUUGCCGCGGCAGCGAGUGUCUGUGCAAGAGGAAUGUGAUUGGUGACCGUUGCGAUCAGUGUCGCCCCGGAACCUAUGGACUUUCCGCUCAAAAUCAGGAUGGCUGCAAGGAGUGCUACUGCUCUGGGUUGGCCAGCCAGUGUCGUUCGGCAGCUCUGUACCGCCAGCUAAUACCGGUGGACUUUAUUCUUAACGCCCCAUUGAUUACGGACGAGAACGGAGUUGUGCAGGACACGGAGAACCUAAUUCCCGACAUAUCUAGGAAUAUGUAUACUUACUCGUAUACCGCCUACCUACCCAAGUACUGGAGUCUCAGGGGAAGCGUGCUGGGCAACCAGCUAUACUCGUACGGCGGCCGCCUGGCGUACAGUCUAAUAGUGGAGUCGUUUGGCAACUAUGAGCGUGGCCACGAUGUGGUGCUCAUUGGCAAUGGAUUGAAGCUCAUCUGGUCUCGACCCGAGGGAAAUGAGAAUCAGGAGGAAUACAAUGUUCGACUGCACGAGGACGAGCAAUGGACCCGCCAGGAUCGUGAAUCGGCCCGAACGGCUUCUCGCUCCGAUUUCAUGACUGUGCUCUCGGACCUGCAGCACAUCCUAAUCCGAGCCACACCCAAAGUGCCCACGCAAAGCACUUCGAUCGGUAAUGUCAUUCUGGAGAGUGCGGUGACCACAAGGACGCCGGGAGCUACGCAUGCUUCCGACAUCGAGUUGUGCCAGUGCCCAGCCGGAUACACGGGCACUUCCUGUGAAUCCUGCGCACCUCUCUACUACCGCGAUGCCAGCGGAUCCUGCAGCCUGUGUCCGUGCGAGGCUUCCAACACGGAGUCCUGUGACUUGGUCAGUGGCGGAUACGUUGAAUGUCGUUGCAAGGCGCGUUGGAAGGGCGAUCGGUGUCGCGAGAUCGACACAUCGCCCAUUAUCGAAGAACCGCCCCAGAUAUGUGAUUUAAGCAGGGGAUUCUGUUGCAGCGGCUUUCAGUUCGAUAUCGCACCGAAUGAGACAAUCUCGUUCAAUGACACACUGCAGAUAUAUAAGGGCAACAGAAUCAUAGGAAAUAUGACCAAGCUGCGCUACGGCUGUCCAUCGCGAGACACCAACGAGCCAACGGAUGCCGGCACCGACGAUCCCGUGCUCACCCAGAUUAUCGUGUCGAUUCAAAAGCCGGAGAUCACCAUUGUGCCAGUGGGCGGCUCCCUGACCCUCAGCUGUAGCGGUCGAAUGCGCUGGAGCAAUAGUCCAGUCAUCGUGAACUGGUACAAGGAGAACAGUCGCCUGCCAGAGAAUAUUGAAGUCCAAGGCGGUGAUCUGUAUCUGUACGACCUGCAGAUCAGCGAUUCUGGCGUCUACAUCUGCCAGGCCGUCAACAACGAUACCAACAGCGUGUCUAAGGACUCUGUAUCCAUUACCAUAACCCAGAAAGACCAGCUUUCACCGGCCGAGAUUGUGAAUUUGCCGAGCCAAGUGACAUUCGAGGAAUACGUAAACAAUGAGAUCGUCUGCGAGGUGCUGGGCAACCCAUCACCCAGAGUCACCUGGGCGCGAGUGGACGGCCAUGCGGAUGCGCAAAGUACCCGGACAUACGGCAACCGUUUGAUCUUCGAUUCGCCAAGGAAGUCGGACGAGGGUCGCUAUCGCUGCCAGGCGGAAAAUGAACAGAACCGGGAUGAGAAGUACGUGGUCGUCUAUGUCCAGAGCAAUCCUCCCCAGCCACCGCCGCAGCAGGAUCGUUUGUACAUCACACCGGAGGAGAUCAACGGCCUGGCCGGCGAAUCCUUCCAGUUGAACUGUCAAUUUACAAGUGUUGCCUCUCUGCGCUACGAUUGGACCCACGAUGGUCGCUCCCUUUCCUCGUCGCCCGCACGAAAUGUUCAGAUCCGUGGCAAUGUCCUGGAAGUUCGCGAUGCCAGCGAACGCGACUCCGGCAUCUACACCUGUGUGGCCUAUGAUGUCCGCAGCCGGCGCAACUUCACCGAGAGCGCCCGUGUUAACAUCGAGCGACGUGAGGAACUACCACUUGGCAACAAACCGAUCAUCGAGACCUUGGAGCAGAAUAUCAUGAUCAUCCAGGGCGAGGACUAUAGCAUCACCUGCAAGGCGAGCGGAUCGCCAUAUCCCACCAUCAAGUGGGCCAAGGUGCACGACUAUAUGCCCGAAAAUGUCCACAUCAGUGGCAACGUGCUGAACAUCUAUGGCGCGCGAUUCGAGAAUCGUGGUGUCUACUCCUGCGUGGCCGAAAACGCCCACGGAUCCGAUUUGUCCAGCACAAGUAUCGACAUUGAACCCCGGGAGCGGCCGAGUUUAAAGAUUGUAUCGGACGCCCAGCAAACAUUUUCGGUUGGCGCCCCGGCAUCCCUCUACUGCAGGGUAGAGGGCAUUCCCGAGCCGACCGUCGAAUGGGUUCGCGUGGACGGCCAACCGCUGUCGCCGCGUCACAAGAUCCAGGCACCCGGCUACAUGGUGAUCGACGAUAUUCAGAUCCAAGACAGCGGCAACUACGAGUGUCGCGCAAAGAACAUAGUCGGCGAGGCGACCGGCGUGGCCACCAUUACCGUCCAGGAGCCAACUCUCGUCCAGAUAGUGCCCGACAACCGCAACAUCCGGCUCACGGAGGGCGAUGAACUCUCGCUGACCUGCGUCGGCAGCGGUGUCCCAAGCCCGGUAGUCGAAUGGGUUAAUGAUGUGGGCGAGAAACGGGAUCUGUACAGCCCCCCUAGCAAUACAGCGAUCUAUAAGAUCUACCGAGUGACCCAGGCGGAUGCAGGCAUAUACAUCUGCCGUGGACAGAAUGAAGCGGGUGACGAUGAAGCUCACGUUCGCGUGGAGGUCCUACCAAGGCGCGGCGAUAUCGGAAGUGCUGAUGAUGAUUCCGAUCGGGAUCCCAGAAUCUACAUUCCGUCUCAACCUCCGUCACAGAUCGGCAGCCAUCAGCCGAGCAACAACCAACGUCUGCCCGCCGACUUUGGCGACAAUGUGACCCUGACCUGCGACUUGUACCAAUACGGGAACACAAUAUGGGAGCGCGUCGACGGGUCACCACUGCCCCACAAUGCCUACACGGUGAAAAACAAGCUGGUGAUUGUGCGCUUGGAGCAGCAGAAUUUGGGUCAGUACCGCUGCAAUGGAAUCGGUCGCGAUGGCAACGUGGACGCCUAUGUGGUUAGGGAGCUGGUCCUUCUGCCCCUGCCCAGGAUCAGGUUCUACCCGAAUAUACCGCUGACCGUGGAGUUGGGCCAGAACUUGGACGUGCACUGCCAGGUGGAGAACGUGCUUCCCCAGGACGUCCAGUGGAGUACCGACAACAAUCGCCCACUGCCCAGUUCGGUUCGCAUCGUGGGCAGCGUCCUGCGCUUCGUGUCCAUGACACAGGCGGCCGCCGGCGAAUACCGCUGCUCCGCCUCCAACCAGUAUGGCAACCGAUCGGAGCUCGCCAGGGUGGUGGUAAAGAAGCCCGCCGUCUUCCAGCUGGUUCCGCAGUCCCAGGUGCAACAGCAUCGCGAAGGUGAUAGCAUUCAACUGCAGUGCAGCUUGACCACUCAGUACGGCGGCAAUGUUCAGUUCAACUGGUUCCGCGACGACGGAAGUGCCCUGCCGAACAACGCCCGUCCGGACAGCCAGGUGCUGGUGCUGACCAAUUUGCGACCCGAGGAUGCGGGCCGCUACAUCUGCAACUCGUACGACGUGGACCGAAGGCAGCAACUGCCCGAAGUCUCCAUCGACUUGCAAGUACUAACGGCCACCCCGCCACCCAACAGCCCCAUCUACCUGCCGCCGCAAUUGCCAGGAAAGAGCCGCGACUACAGCCUCAAACUGGAUGAGCAGUCCUCGAACCUGCGAGCGGGUGAGUCCACCGAUGUCGAGUGCUACUCCUCCGAUGACACCUACACGGACGUGGUGUGGGAGCGAUCUGACGGUACUCCACUCAGCAAUAACGUCCGGCAAGUGGGAAAUCGUCUGGUAAUCAGCAAUGCGGCGCCAAGCGAUGCCGGUAACUAUGUGUGCAAGUGCAAGACGGAUGAAGGAGAUCUGUAUACCACCAGCUACAAACUAGAGGUCGAGGAUCAGCCACAUGAACUCAAGAGUUCCAGGAUUGUCUACGCCAAGGUGGGCAACAAUGCCGUUUUGCCCUGCGGAGCCGAUGAAAGUCGUCAACCCACCUACCGCUGGUCCCGCCCACAUGGUCAAUUGCAAGCGGGACGCAAUCUAUUGAACGAGAAGCUGUCGCUGGACAGUGUGCAGGCCAACGACGCCGGUACGUACAUUUGCACCGCCGCAUACGGCGAUGGCGAGACGGUGGACUUCCUCAACAUCCUGGUUGUGAGAGGGGCGAUUCCGCAGUUCCGGCAAGAACCCCGCAGCUACAUGAGCUUCCCCACGCUGCCAAACUCUUCGUUUAAGUUCAACUUCGAGCUGACAUUCCGGCCGGAAACAAGCGACGGUCUCCUGCUGUUCAACGGACAAACCCGCGGAAGUGGCGACUACAUCGCACUAUCGCUCAAGGAUCGCUAUGCGGAGUUCCGGUUUGAUUUUGGUGGCAAGCCGAUGCUGGUGCGAGCUGAGGAGCCACUGGCGCUGAAUGAGUGGCACACGGUCCGCGUAAGUCGCUUCAAGAGGGAUGGAUACAUCCAGGUGGACGAACAACAUCCGGUGGCCUUCCCCACCCUGCAGCAGAUACCGCAACUGGAUCUGAUCGAAGAUCUGUAUAUUGGCGGAGUGCCCAACUGGGAGCUCCUGCCCGCCGAUGCUGUUAGCCAGCAAGUUGGCUUUGUGGGCUGCAUCAGUCGCUUAACCCUGCAAGGACGCACCGUGGAACUGAUCCGGGAGGCCAAGUUCAAAGAGGGCAUCACCGACUGCCGGCCAUGUGAGCAAGGCCCUUGCCAAAAUAAGGGCGUCUGUUUGGAGAGCCAGACUGAGCAGGCCUACACCUGCAUUUGCCAGCAGGGAUGGACUGGUAGGGAUUGUGCCAUUGAGGGCACCCAGUGUACGCCCGGAGUCUGUGGCGCCGGACGCUGCGAGAAUACGGAGAACGACAUGGAGUGCCUGUGCCCGCUGAACCGAUCCGGAGAUCGAUGCCAGUAUAAUGAGAUCUUGAACGAACACAGUCUCAACUUUAAGGGCAACAGCUUUGCGGCCUAUGGAACUCCCAAAGUCACCAAAGUCAACAUCACGCUCUCCGUGCGUCCGUCAAGUUUGGAGGACUCCGUGAUUUUGUAUACGGCAGAAUCCACUUUGCCCAGCGGCGAUUACCUGGCACUGGUACUACGCGGUGGCCACGCGGAGCUCUUAAUUAAUACGGCGGCUCGUUUGGAUCCUGUGGUGGUGCGAUCUGCGGAGCCACUGCCCCUGAACCGCUGGACAAGAAUCGAGAUCAGACGUCGCCUGGGCGAAGGAAUCCUUCGAGUGGGCGACGGACCAGAGCGAAAGGCCAAGGCCCCAGGUUCCGAUCGAAUUUUGUCCCUUAAAACCCACCUCUAUGUGGGCGGCUACGAUCGCUCCACGGUCAAGGUCAACCGGGACGUGAACAUCACUAAGGGCUUCGAUGGCUGCAUCUCCAGGCUUUACAACUUCCAAAAACCUGUUAAUCUCCUAGCUGACAUCAAGGAUGCGGCAAAUAUCCAGAGUUGUGGGGAGACAAAUAUGAUAGAAGGCGACGAGGAUUCCGACAACGAGCCACCAGUUCCGCCUCCAGCUCCAGCUGUUCACGAGAACGAGCUUCAACCAUAUGCGAUGGCACCGUGUGCCAGCGAUCCGUGUGAAAACGGAGGAAUCUGCAGUGAACAAGAGGACGUGGCCGUAUGCGCCUGUCCUUUCGGAUUCAGUGGCAAACACUGUCAGGAGCACCUUCAACUGGGCUUCAAUGCUUCGUUCCGAGGCGAUGGGUACGUUGAGCUGAAUCGAAGCCACUUCCAACCCGCUUUGGAGCAGUCCUACACUUCCAUUGGCAUCGUCUUCACCACCAACAAGCCGAACGGUCUGCUGUUCUGGUGGGGCCAAAAUGCUGGAGAGGAGUAUACCGGACAGGACUUCAUAGCCGCCGCGGUGGUGGACGGCUAUGUGGAGUACUCGAUGAGGCUCGAUGGCGAGGAGGCGGUGAUCCGGAACAGCGAUAUCCGCGUGGACAACGGGGACCGACACAUUGUGAUCGCUAAGCGGGACGAAAACACCGCCAUGCUAGAGGUCGAUCGCAUGCUGCAUUCGGGUGAAACUCGACCCACCAGCACAAGGGCGAUGAAGCUGCCGGGCAAUGUUUUUGUCGGUGGCGCUCCUGACAUCGAGGUGUUUACGGGUAACCGAUACAAGCACAAUUUGAACGGCUGCAUAGUGGUCGUCGAGGGCGAAACUGUGGGCCAAAUUAAUCUUAGUUCUGCUGCCGUUAACGGAGUGAAUGCCAACGUCUGUCCCGCUGAGAACGAUCCACUGGGAGGAACCGAACCGCCAGUCGUCUGAGGACACAACAAACAACCGAAACUAGCUUUUUAAUUAAACAUUAACAAAUGAAACAAAACGAACAACAAUUUUUAUAUAUACAACAUAUGAAUAAGCCCAAGAAAAUCCACAAAAAAUUGAAUAUUAUAUCACUUACACAUAAUACAUAAAAACCAAAAAAAAAAAAACAACAAAAAAGAAAAAGAAAAGAGAAACGAUCACUUCAACUACAAUUGCUUCUUCGAUCCUUAAGUCUAGGUUAAAGAUUGUAGCAAGGAAAAAAGCGAAUAUCACAAACAUUUAUUUAACAAAAACGCCAUGCAAGAAGUGAAACGAAACAGAUACAAUAAUGCAGUUAAUGCAAAUAAUACAGAUACAGAUAAAGUCUAGAACCCUAAGAACUUACUAACUAACUCGAGCAACAACAACGCAUACUAGCCAACUGCAACCACAAAAAACCACAAUAGUGAAGGCAUUUUAAUUAUAAUUUUAGUCUCUAGCUUAUACCUAUAUGACUACGACUCUUUUUUUUGCGAGCCCAGUGUAAAAAGUUGGAGAUCGAAAAUUGGCCCUACACACACACACACACAUACACACACAAGACCACGUUAUUGAUUAUAAACCAAUUGAUAAUAUACAUAUAAUUAUAAAUGAAUUACUAAGAAUGCAACUAUUGUGAACGAGCGAGAACCGUUGAGUGGAUAAAUGCAAUUGCAGAAGAUAUAUUAAAGUGAAAUCAACAACA